AUGAUGGACGGGAACUAUCAUUGGGCGGACGGCGGCUCUGGUGACGGUGUGAGAACCAAGUUUACUGAAAUACACAAAUAUGGAGACGCAGAUGGGUGUGGCUACAUCCAUUCGGGGGCGACUGUAAGCAUGACCCAGUGUGACGUUAGAGAAGGUUUUAUAUGCGAGCAUACACGUGGAAUAGACACUUGUUAUACAACAUUAUCAACAACGAAUAGCCCCAUGGGCUAUGAUAAAUCCAGUGCUCUUGGGUAUGAAGAAUGUGCCAGUGAAUGUUUGAUCAGCGAAUCUUGUGCUGGAGUGUAUGUAACAUCACAAGACUCGUGCACAUUGUUAAGUUACAAAGAUGGUUUACCUUCAUAUCUAUCAGACACUCAGCUCCAAUCGACGCAUUUCUAUCAUCGAAGACUUCUUUAUCAUUCCACAUACCAAGCGUUUGAUAUUCACCCUAACCGAUACAGUUCUCCGACUCCAUCAGUAAUUGAUACGACUAGAAUAGAAGAGCAAACAACGGGGGAAGGAAUAAAUCCAACGACUUCCUGGAAACCAACGACUGACAUCCCAAACACAACAAAUGAUAUCCUCGAAGGUACUUAUAACAAAAGUAGUACUAUAAACGACAACGCAACCACUAAGAGUACUACUGAUUAUACAAGUAGUAAAAAAAACAUAGAAGGAAGUGGUAGUCCACCAGAUUACGUGACCACUAAUAGUGCAUAUGAUGUAACGGAUAAUGUCAGCAAUACGGAAGGAAGUGGUAGUCCCCCAGAUCACCUGACCACUUAUAGUACUUAUGAUGUAACAGAUAAUGCCAGUAAUACAGAAGGAAGUGGUAGUCCACCAGAUCACGUGACCACUAAUAGUGCUUAUGAUGUAACAGAUAAUGUCAGCAAUACAGAAGGGAGAAGUGGUAGUCAAAAUGAUCACCUCACCACUAAUAAUGCUUAUGAUGUAACAGAUAAUGUCAGCAAUACGGAAGGAAGUGGUAGUCCACAAGAUCACGUGACCACUAAUAGUACUUAUGAUGUAACAGAUAAUGUCAGCAAUACGGAAGGAAGUGGUAGUCCACCAGAUCACCUGACCACUUAUAGUGCUUAUGAUGUAACAGAUAAUGUCAGCAAUACAGAAGGAAGUGGUAGUCGACCAGAUCACCUGACCACUAAUAGUGCUAAUGAUGUAACCGAUAAUGUCAGCAAUACAGAGGGAAGUGGUAGUCCACCAGAUCACCUGACCACUAAUAAUGCUUAUGAUGUAACAGAUAAUGGCAGCAAUAAUGUCAACAAUACGGAAGGAAGUGGUAGUCCACCAGAUCACCUGACCACUAAUAGUGCUUAUGAUGUAACCGAUAAUGUCAGCAAUACAGAGGGUAGUGGUAGUCCACCAGAUCACCUGACCACUUAUAGUACUUAUGAUGUAACAGAUAAUGUCAGCAAUACGGAAGGGAGUGGUAGUCCACCAGAUCACCUGACCACUUAUAGUGCUUAUGAUGUUACAGAUAAUGGCAGCAAUCAUGUCAGCAAUACAGAGGGAAGUGGUAGUCCACCAGAUCACCUGACCACUUAUAGUACUUAUGAUGUAACAGAUAAUGUCAGCAAUACACUGGGAAGUGGUAGUCCACCAGAUCACCUGACCACUAAUAGUGCUUAUGAUGUAACAGAUAAUGUCAGCAAUACAGAGGGAAGUGGUAGUCGAAAUGAUCACGUGACCACUUUAAGUACUUAUAAUGUAACAGAUAACCAAAGCUACACAGAAGGGAGUCCAGAUGAGAAUACAAGUAUUUUUAUUCCUAACGGACAUUUAUCUACUAGUUUUGAUGUAACAACAAGCACCUGCUCUGAUAACGACGGGGUUUCUAGUAUUUCUGACGGAACGAACUUCGUGAACGACCAUUUUUUUCUCAGUAUUUCAACUUAUGUUUUAUGUUCUUUGAUCAGUAGUAGUUUAGCUGAAAAUAUUCAGGUGGGCGGUUAUUCACGUAGUACAACUACUGAAAAAGCCAGUACCGAGAGUUUAUCUGAAGGAACAAAUACCAUUUAUGAGCAAGUGACAAUCUACAGCUCUUAUGAAAUAGGUACAUUUAUCCACCAAACAAAUUCCAUCAUCGAUGGAACUUAUAUUUUCACCGAACAAGUUGUUACAACAAGUAGUUAUGAUAUAAAAACUAUUAGUUCUACCAGCGAAAUAGCGAUCAUUAGUAGCUCCGGUGUCAUAAGUAACUUUGACAAUCAAGCUUCUAUAGGAAUUACAAGUGUAAACGAUGUUACAAUACCGGGCUCGUCUGUUGAAAGGAGUGACCAAGUAAUCACUGACACUUUUAUGGUAGAAUUAACUACUUUAAGCGUUCAAGACGCAACUUACGGCACUAACACCGAUCUAAUGUAUUCCAGUGGGACCUCAUCACACACCGAUCAAACGUAUUCCAUUGGGACCUCAUCACACACCGAUCAAACGUAUUCCAUUGGGACCUCAUCACAAACCGAUCAAAUGUAUUCCAGUGGGACCUCAUCACACACCGAUCAAACGUAUUCCAUUGGGCCCUCAUCACACACCGAUCAAACGUAUUCCAUUGGGACCUCAUCACACACCGAUCAAACGUAUUCCAUUGAGACCUCAUCACACGGACCUAGUGUACUAUUUACGUAUCCUCUGGAGAAUUCAACGCUGUGUGAAUGCAUUUGCAAAGAAUCAGACGAAACACUGGAAGAGAAAUUACAGAGAAUUACUUCUGAGUUGGCCUUAGAUAAGCGAUCGCUUUCCCCGGCGGCUAGAAAGAGGGUGUCUGCUAGCGAUCCGAGGCCAAGUGCCCGGUACGUCGGGUACUUAGGUGUAGCCAUCAUUUUAAUCUUUGUCGGUACAAUUGUUUGCUUCGAUAUUCCAAGAUUUGUUGGGUUUGUUCGAGGAUUGCAUGGCAAGUAUAAAAAGAGAACAGAAACUGUAUAAGCAGGCCGUUCUUAAUAAAUGCAUUGUUGUCAAUAUUUGUGCGAAGUUUCAAAACUGCUAUCACAGAUGUUGAAGUGUGCAUAGCUUUAUCAAAUGUUAUUGACAUACAAGUAAAAAGAAACUAUAAUUAACAUUGUGGCGGAUAAUUAUGCCAGUGCCAAGGUCGCAUUUUUGAACCCGUCUAAGUUGCCAUAUAUCGAAAAAUUCAUGUAAUAUGAUAGACCAUUACUUAUAGAGUUAACAACCACCUUUGUUAUCAUUGUAUCUCAUCUGACAGGUGAGAUAUUUACCUUUCAAAUAUAAAUUCCUACAGGAAAAUAUUUCUCCCAUAGGAAAAACAACAUCGGAAUUCCUUUAGGAAAUUCAAUUCUGAUAGGAUUUGAUAAAAUCAGGUAGGAUAUUUUAAUUUCUUAUAGGAAAAUGCCUGUUUGAAUCAAAUUACUACAGGAAAUACCAUUCUCCUAUAGAAAAUAUGAUUCUUUUAGGAUUUUUAGAAAAUACUGUCGCAUUGUCAAAAUUUCCUGUAGGAAGGGCAUUUCUCCUGUGAUAAUUAUUAUUUUCCUAUGGAAAUUAUUAUUUUCUUAUGGGAUGUUAUUCUUUAAAGUUACAUAUCUCACCUGUCAGGUAAAACACACUUAAAACAAAAGUGGUUAUACAGAAACUGCAUCAUAUAACUGUUGUGUAUACAUGUAUAAGGUUAAAUAGUUGUUCGAACAGAUAAACAAGUUUUGUAAGGUUUCUAGGAAGGGAUAUAGCUAUUGGUACGUUGUCGUUUGACAAUAUUUGAUACAAUCUAGAAGAUAAAUAAUAUAAAAGCACCGCUGGCUUUCAUUUUUUCAAAUAAAGAGAAAAGCUUCACAGAAAUAGGAGUUGGAUUAAGAAACUGAAAAUGACUGAUGGAGUGAAACUGUAGAUCAUUAGAACCACAGCACAAUAAAUGCAAAUUAACAUUUCGUUGUAAAAUCCAGUAUGUUUAUACUGUAAUAAUCGGCCUCCAGAGGCGGGGCAAAUAUCUCUCAUAAAUAAUCUUCAGAAAUAAAACGAAAUUAAGAUGAUCUUUAGAGAGCAGUUUGAAAUUCGAAUGAUACACAUAUAUAGAAAGAACCCAAAGAAUUUCUUUGAUAUUGAUCUUUAUUUUGAUAGUGUUUGCAAACUUUUGUUGAUUUAAAAUGCAUCAACUUCAACAACCGAUGAAUAAUUAUUUCAAAAGUGAUCGUUAUUUCUAAUUAUUUCAAAGUGGUCGUUAUUUCAAAAAACGGUAGGUGAAUGUAGUAAAAUAUAUCUAUACAGUCUCAUGCAUUAAAAUUUGAUUUUUUUAGUCUUGGGAAUUUUUGUAAAAGAAGACGCAGACACAAACUUACACUCAUGUGCAAAAUACUUAAUAGUUAUAGUCCUGAUCUUGAUCCUGAUAUGAUAUAACUAGGCAAUUUUUACCAGUUACACAUUGCCGUAGGCAAUAAUUAUUUGUAUCAUUACUAAUUACUAGAACAGUUGCAUACUAUAAUACCUUUUUAAUCAACAAUUAAGUUAUUGAUCAACUUGCCAGAUAGCGAGAAAUCUGCUACAAGUGUAGCAAACUUUAAAGCAAAGCACAAAAACAGAAGUCCUGAAGAUAAAACAAUAUCCAAAUAUACAGCUAUGGUCAAAUACAUCUAAAUAUAUUCCAUUGUCAGCUUAGCAACUUUUCAAGUAAUCCUAAUGCAGAUUUGUUAAAGCAUAAGUUAACUGACUCAGAUAAAUGUUGUAAAUGAUGUUAAUCUUGUGAAGACUGUCUUCAUUUCCUUGUUCAUGUCCAUGUUAUAAUUCUGCCAGAAUCUCUUUGAUUGUAUUUAUGGAUAACCAUGGCUUGCCGAUAGAUAUUAAUAUUGUAUUAUUUGGCUACAACUAUUCCCUAGAGGAAAAUAUAUGGGUUUUUUUACCAAAUUCAUAAUUUCAAAAACACAUAAAAAGAUUUUAGACUGUUCAUUUGUAUUAAGCAACAAUAUAAUUAUAUAUAUAUACAUAAGACUGCCGUCAUGAGAAAAGGGCCCUUAUCUUUUGACGUCACAAUGCUCAGAAAACGACGUCAAAGUAGCGGCAUUGUAAACGCAUGUUUUUUUUAAUUUUCUGUUUCUAAUUUUUUUCUGUCUAUGUUAUUUUUAUUUUAAUAACUAGAGCCUAACCUUGUUUUAAUACCGCGUUUAAUAUUUUUUCAGCCUAGUAUUAUAUGUGGAUUAAAAAAAUAAACAUUUUAUAACUAAAAUAUACACAUGUAACACCAAUAUCUACCCAUUUAUUAUAAAUAUAUGUUUGUAAAUAACUUAAGCGUACAUGUACACAUAAAAUUGCUGUGUCUACUUCACUUUUUUUUUUCUUUUGUGUGUUUUUUAUAUUUUACAAUUUUUCCAUUAUUUCCCUCUUUUGUUUUCUAAUUGUAACUGAUUGUUAUUCUUCAUUUUAUUUUUCUAUUUAACUCUAGUUUAAAA